UUCUAAGUUCUAAUUACUGGUUACCGGCUUGAAAAAUAAAUGACCUUCUAAGAAUAGGCUCCUGGUAUUAAUGCAGUCGUUUCUGGCUGUUCCCCACAAGCUUCGUGACUGUAUGUUGGCACCUUAACCCUCGGAUAUAAUUGCCCCUAGAUGUAAGACAUCAGCUGGUUAUUAGGCCAAUCCACUCUAUAGUCUAGAUAGGAGAGAAGACCCCGGUCCUAACUCUCAAUAUAUUCGCUCUAAGAUCCUAUACCUAUCGUCUAUUUUACUCAUCCCGGGCACCUACAAACCGUUGCUAGAAAUCAUACAUAGUAGCUUUAUAAAGCUUCGUAUCAAAAGCUUAAAGACAUCCGGCUAUUGUCGAAUAUUUAUCUCAAUAUGGGAUCCCUCUCACUCGGGUAUCAGCGGCCGGCAUAUGUAGAUAAGAAACAAUUCCUAUCAAACAGCCAAGAAAGUGAAAGUAGUGAUGCUUCACUCAAGUCAGGCCACCCAGGCUCUUCAUCUAGUAUUCCCGAAGCCCUCACCUUUGAUCAAAUCAUGAGCGGUGGAACUUGUCCAGUGUGUACCUCAAAUCAACACCACUCCAGCCCGUAGACUAAUACAGGCAUAUUUCGAAGCCAUGUACCGUCCGCGACUUUAUGAACUAUCUACUCCACAUCGAGCACUCGGCCGAGAACCUACAGUUCUUCCUUUGGUACCGCGACUAUAUAAAGCGGUUUAACGAAGCUGAAACUGUAGAUACGCAGCUCUCUCCAGAAUGGACACAAGAAAUGGAGGAUGAGACAAGCAUCAGGAUCCAAAAGGACGUUUUGGGGAAAAUGAGAAGAGAGCCGAAAGCAGUCGCUAUUUUCAAGGGUACUGACUUUGAGAAAGGGAAAGUAGAUGUGGUAAUGGAAAAUAGAGACCCCUUUUCGACGCCCCCUUCUACACCCAGUACGAAGAUAGCCCCUUCCUUUCUAUCGGGUUCCCAGGCGUCUAGUUACCGUUCGAAAUCCCGGGAUGCUUUUAGUGCUGCCGGUGCUACACAACCAUGUAAGUCGUGUCUGGGUACCAACUCUAACACACGUAUCACUACUAACGCCUUACCUACCUACCUAGUCACCAUCCAACCCUUCAGAGCAGAGAUCAACCGCGUGAUCGCGACCUACAUCGCAGAAGGCGCCCGAAGACAACUAAACCUUUCAAGCCGGGAGCAAAAAGGCGCCAUCCAAGCUCUCGCAUACACAACGCAUCCGUCAGCGUUCCGGGCCAUCGCUAGAAGCAUAGAGAACACGCUCCGACGCCAAGCGCACCCAAACUUCAUCCGCUGGACCAUCUGCAACGGCAACCCAGCACGAAUAACCUUCGCCCGAAGCCUAGGGGCCAGCACCACUCUCUGCGCUACAGCAGGCGCCAUGAUCCUCGCCCUGAGUUCUGCAGCGCGAGGCUGGCGCGCGCUCUUUGCCACCGGCUGGGUCCUGGGCAUCGCGACGCUGAUCGCAGCACACAGGGGGGUGUGCGUGGUGGUGCUGCACGGGCUAUACCACCGCCACGCGCGGCCGUGGGAGCUCUUCGACGACGAGUCGGAUCUAGGCGGUCGGAGCAGAGAAGCCACGGGACAUGAUAACAACGACAGCUUCGACUCGCUUGGCUCUAGCAACAGCUACGAGGACGAGCCGUGGGUGGUGCGGUACGAGCGCCGCGGACGGCUGCGGAAGGUGUUUGAUUGCGAGGUCUGGAUCCGGGAGCCGGCGCUGAGGCGGAUACAGGACGUCAUUUUUGUGCAGGCGCUGCUGGGUGGGCUGCUGGGUGCUGGCGUGCUGACGGCUGUGUUUGUGAAUGUGCCUGCUGGGAGGUUCUUCUAAGGGGAUAUAAAUAUGUAACCUUAGUGUGUUAGGCCUUACUGUGUUGGAACUUAGGGGUAUGCUUAUUCUAGUAUGCUGCGGUUUCAUGUUUGGGUUUGCAGUAGUAUUGUACCUACCUCGGCCUACUCGGGUAGACCCAGCGGCAGGAUCCGUAGGUAGGUAUGUACCUACCUUAAAUACCUAACCUACGGUUGGC